CUGGCGCCCAGAAGAAUCGGCGCGAUGGAGACGGUGCCGGCGGUGGGGAUGGAUUCUGGAGAAGGAGCGGCGCGGAGUAUGGAUAUUUAUAGAACUGAAAGAUCCAUUCUUCAGGAGCUUGGCAAUUCCUGUAUGAAGCUGGGACAGUUGGCACUUGAUAAUUUCCACGUAACACCAGCUGUUGGUCAAGAAAAUGCUGCUGUAACGGACUCUAUUCUGCAUCUCAUGUGGUUAAAGGAUCAAGUAACCCAACAAACAGUGGAACUAGAGACUGGUGUGAAAGCUUCAGGUGUUGAAACCAAUACAGAGGCUGUGUCAGAAGAUAACCUGAAAGAAACAAUUCAAGUAAUUGAAAGGGAAUUAGAAGAUGCUUCAGUCUCUUUCCAGCAGAAAAACAUGGCCCUACAUAGGCUUCAGUACACACAUGCUCUACGAGAAGCAGCACAAAUGAAUGAUAAAGAAGGGAAGUUGAUAAUGGAAACAAUCAAACACUCUUUAGACCUUUGUUCUGAGAUUAUAGCAACCCAGAAGGAAGUUCACACUUUGGAAAAUGCAGUGUUUGAAGUUCAAAAGCAGAGACUAUUGUUGAAACGAAAAAUGCAAGGUGUAUUAAAGGACAUGAGAGCUGAAAAGAAGAAGCAGCAACAAUUGCUACAGCAAUUAGAGAAUGAACUUCCAAGGCGUGGAGAAAAGAACUUGCAAGAACACUUUAAAAUGGUGACAUUAAUUCAGAAGGUUUUGCAGGGUGUUAUUCUUGCCAGUGGAGUGAACUGGGCCAAUGAUCCUGAAUUGAAAGAAAUAGUUUUGCAGCUGGAGAAUAAUCCACUUGAAGAAACAGAUUCAAUCCACUGAUGUUCUGCUAUCGCCUUUGAUGGUGAAGGGCAAAUUGAAGUCCAACGUAAUUUGUAAAGUAAUACUUUACAUUAAGUACCUUUCCUAUCCCUUCACUGCCUGGUUUCCACCAGAAUAUAAAGCAUUGCAUUUUUGAUCUCCUCCUGGUGUAAUGGGCCAGACCUUGCUGACCUGGUCUCCCUGCUACCUGCAGUACCCACCUAUUCCCAGGCCCUUCCCUAUGCCCACAUGUGGCUGAUCUGGAUGAGCUAGGCCAGUGUCUCUGACUCUAUCUCAGAGUCCAGUGAGGACCGAGCCCUAAGUGGACACAGUGAUAAGGCUCUACCCCUAAGUGUUCCUGACAGUUGAUAAAGCUGGGGUUUGGACUUGAUUAAAACACUGUAAAUUUAAUAAUUUUUAAUGUAUCUGGCAUUGAGCUAUUGAAAUUGAAUAAAUGCAUUAAAAAUUCUUAAAUUUAAAACAUCAUUAUCUAAAAACAUAAAUAACAAAAUAUGUCUAAUUAUUUACAGGUAACUUGCCUUCCCCACUUUUUGUCCUGUGGUCCCCAUUUGAAAUUAAUGGGGUGUGAGAUUCUGUGCCAGAUCAGAACCAGACCCAAGAGGCUUUCUUUUCCACGGCUCCCAUUUCUGCUCAGCCCCUUCCCCAUCUCCCAGAUGUAAUUCUGAUAUCCCAGCAAGACUGGACAGCACCCCUUUUUUUCCCCGGCAGCAGGGAAAACUGAUACCUUUGGGCUUUCCAAAAUCUGUCACUAAAUUUUUGACUCUUUUUGUUUGAUGCAGCAUGCAAGGUAGACUGGGUUUUCAGUUUCAUUGGCUGAAUUCUGGGAGUGCAGUAGUCAGCAAAAUCUGGUCCUGAUGUGCAAAGUGAUUUCCAAUUUGUUUUCAACAGUCUUUAUGUAGAGUUAUCUUUCAGGUGAGUUUUUGGUGAUAGUUUAAAUUGUGAUGAAAUGUAAAUUGUGAUGAAAUGUGAAUUGUAUCUUGGCUUUCUUGUCAGUGGUGAAUAUAAAUUGGGAGGCAAUUAGAAUUUACUGGAAAAAAUCCGCUGUGCAAAAUUAACUAAGUUUUUUGAUUGAAUAUUUUGUUGAUAUUGUAGUGUAAUUAUUUAUUUCCAUUUAAUCCAGUCUAUAUAUGUUCUUGCAAAUAUUUUUCUCCUUCCCCAUUAAUAUUUAGUGUCCUUGUAAAUAUAAAUACUAAUAUUUAAGAACUUGUCCCAUUAUAAUGGGUUAAACCAUUUCAAAAUGUAAAUCUGAAGUACAAAUGACAAUACUGUAUGUUUUAUUUUGUCCUUCAGUAUAAAACCUGGAGUCACAUGAAAGUUGGAUAUAUUCAUGCAGAAAUGCCAUUUUAUAUAAAAAGUGGCAAAGAUGUGGCGAUGGUUAUAAAAAUCAAUAAAUGAA